AUGUCUUGCUGCAGACCCUGUCCCCCACGGCCCUGCGGCUCCGGUGGCCCAACCCCCCUUGCAAGCAGCUGCACUGAGCCCUGCAUGGCCCGCUGCGCCGACUCCACGGUGUACAUCGAGCCUUCGCCGGUGGUGGUGACCAUGCCGGGCCCCAUCCUCACCUCCUUCCCUCAGAGCACAGCCGUGGGAUCCUCUCUGUCAGCUGCUGUGGGCAGCUCCCUCAGCACCGCGGGGGUUCCCAUCUCUUCUGGGGGCUCCCUUGGCCUGGGGGGCUCAGGCCUGUGUCUGCCUUUCCCCCGCUGCGGGCAGAUCUGCUGA